CAGAAUAGCAAGUGCACACCAUCGGCUGAGAGAGCCAUCCAACUGUGCAUCGAUAAAUUAUCUCGCGGGGACAGACUCCGUUAAAACGGGUUUUGCGCCGGCGAGAGAGAUAUAGCAAAUUGCCUUUUUGCUCACCCCCCGAAAUUGCCGCAAAUUAGCCCCGCUCAAGUGUUGUGGACUUGAAGAGAGUCUCAGAAGCCACUCUGCAUUAAUAAUAGAGGCAAACACGACAACUUAAAGAGUCACUGAAGGAGUUUAGAGGGGAGAGAGAAAAGCAUGAGAUGUCGAGUGGCAAUCAGCUGCAUUUCCCACGAUUGUGAGCAGAGUGAUUAGACAAUUGUUACGCAAAAAGGAAAAGAGAGGAUCAAGGACAAUCCCCAAGAUGCCCAUCACAAUGUCACCGCAGCACUUUUUGGGCUUCAUCAUCGCCUUCACGUGCGUCCUGUGCUACCACAACAGUCUCAACUGUAGCUUUGUGUUUGACGACAUCAGUGCCAUCAAGGAGAACAAGGACCUUCGUCCGCACACACCGUGGAAGAAUAUCUUCUUCAAUGACUUCUGGGGCACUCCGAUGCAAAAGGAGCAGAGCCAUAAAUCGUAUCGACCACUGUGUGUCUUGACUUUUCGAUGGAAUUAUUCAUUUCACGGCCUCGAACCGGCUGGCUAUCAUUUGGUGAACUUACUGCUGCACACCCUGGUCUCAUUAAUGUAUUUCAGGAUGUGCACGAUGUUCCUGCCAGAAUUGAUGAGUUUCGCCGCUGCAAUGCUCUUUGCCGUACAUCCAGUUCACACUGAGGCCGUCACAGGUGUUGUUGGCAGAGCCGAAACUCUAUCAUCAGUCUUCUUUCUGGCUGCAUUUCUCAGCUACGCCAGGGCGACAGAACAGAAGAAAUCCACUGGCUGGCGCCACUUGUUCCUCUCCAGUGUGUUCGUCGGGACGGCGAUGCUGUGCAAGGAGCAGGGCAUCACGGUGACCGGCGUCUGUGCAAUCUACGAGAUAUUCGUGGCGCAAAAGAUACGCCUCAGUGAUUUACAGCAACUGUGCCGAGCAAUUUUGGGUGGAAAAAGUGUCUCUCUGCCAUCUGGAUCCUGGCCCAAUGAGGCAUCCAAGCGUCUGGCUGUGCUGUGCCUAAGCACAAUUGGUCUCCUAUUUGUCCGUCUCCAGAUAAUGGGAUCUCAAUUGCCAGUUUUUACCAGAUUCGAUAAUCCAGCCUCUGUGGCGACAACGCCAACUCGGCAACUAACUUACAAUUACUUGGUAUCGCUGAAUCUCUGGCUUUUGCUGUUCCCCUGUGAUUUAUGCUGUGAUUGGACGAUGGGAACUGUACCGCUGGUGGAAUCGUUUAUGGAUCCACGCAACAUCGCCACAAUAUUGGCGUAUUUGCUAAUUGGUAUUCUCGUUUGGAUAGCGUUUAUUAGUGAGAAUCGCCAGCAAACUACAAUUAUUAUCAUGGGAUUAUCACUGAUGAUUCUGCCUUUCCUGCCGGCGUCCAAUCUCUUCUUCCCGGUGGGCUUCGUGAUCGCCGAGCGCGUGCUGUACAUGCCAUCGAUGGGCUUCUGUCUGCUGGUGGCGUACGGCUUUCACCACCUCACGCAGCGCUUCAGCAGAAAGGUGACGUGGAUGUGCCUCACAUUCCUCCUAAUGACGCAUGCAACCAAGACUUACAUGCGCAACUGGGACUGGGAGACGGAGUACUCAAUAUUCAUGUCGGGUCUGCGAGUAAAUCAGCGGAAUGCAAAAUUAUUCAAUAAUGUGGGACACGCGCUGGAGAGCGAGGAGCGCUACCGCGAGGCGCUCACGUUCUUCCACACGGCCGUGCAGGUGCAGGAGGACGACGUGGGCGCCCACAUCAAUGUGGGUCGCACAUACAAUCACCUGAAGAUGUUCAAGGAGGCAGAGGAGGCGUAUCUCAAGGCGAAGUCACUGCUGCCCAAGGCCAAGCCGGGUGAAUCAUAUCAGGCACGCAUUGCACCCAACCACUUGAACGUGUUCCUCAACCUGGCCAAUCUGAUCUCCAAGAAUCACACGCGCCUCGAGGAGGCAGACAUGCUGUAUCGCCAGGCGAUUAGCAUGCGUGCUGAUUACACACAGGCGUACAUAAAUCGCGGUGAUAUAUUGAUCAAGCUGAACAGGACCAAGGAGGCGCAGGAGGUGUACGAGCGAGCGCUGCUCUACGACAGCAGCAAUCCGGACAUUUAUUACAACUUGGGCGUUGUAUUCCUGGAGCAGGGAAAGGCAUCACAGGCCCUGGCGUAUUUAGAUAAAGCCCUCGAAUUCGAUCCAGAGCACGAGCAAGCACUACUUAAUUCAGCCAUCCUGCUGCAGGAGUUGGGACGUGUCGAACUACGGAAGAUUGCACGUGAACGACUCUUGAAACUUUUAGUCAUUGACGAUAAAAAUGAUCGUGUCUUCUUCAAUUUGGGCAUGCUGGCGAUGGACGAUAGGAAUAUUGAGGAGGCGGAAAAUUGGUUUAGACGAGCAGUUCAUCUCAAGCAUGACUUUCGGAGUGCUCUGUUCAAUUUGGCCCUCCUCCUGGCCGACGAUCAUCGGCCCCUCGAGGCGGCGCCCUUCCUCAAUCAGCUCGUUAAAUACCAUCCAGACCAUAUCAAAGGAUUAAUCCUCCUCGGUGAUAUCUACAUCAACAACAUCAAGGAUCUGGACGCUGCAGAAAAUUGCUACAAGCAAAUCCUGCAAUUGGACCCAGUCAACAUUCAAGGGCUGCACAAUCUCUGUGUGGUGUACGUUGAGCGCGGGAAGUUGCUGCAGGCGCAAGCGUGUCUCAAGCACGCCCAUCGCCUGGCGCCCACGGAGGACUACAUCCUGCGCCAUCUGCAGAUCAUUCAGUCGCGCGUGCUGCGCCUGAAGCAGUCUCCGGGCGCUGAGAAGGAGCGCGAGCUGGCGUUCAGUGGCUUCGAUCCGCGCGAGUUCGGCGGCGAUUCGAAGCUGCCCGAGGACGAGGAAGUGGCGGAUGUGACGAACAACGUGCUGGGCAUGGAGUCGAGCAUGGGUCAGAGCCUGGGCGGCAUCGGGCGCAGCAAAGUGGUGCUCAUCGACAAGGAUCUGAUCAGUGAGUCGAAGACAAAGGCGAAGCCCCUCGUCAGCAACACAAAGUAUCAAACUGUCAACAGCAAGGGUUGAUUGCACUCUUGUCGCCUCCUGCGCACCGCUGCAAGCGACUGCGGCAGGAGUUUAGCUUUCAAUCGGAGCUGUGGAAUAUUACUUUUCUAACUUGCAACACGACGACUUGGCUGCAAAAGCGACAAGUCGACGGACGGUGAUUUUGUAUUGACAUAAGGUAAGAAUUUGUACAAGCUAUCGAUUAAUAGACUUAAGGCUUUCGUCGGUUAAUUAUUAUAGUAGAAAGUGUAGGCAGAGUGACAAGAGGGAUGUGGGUUAAAGAGAAUGCAUAAAUGAAGCUUUCUGAUGGAAAAGUUUCAACCCCAAAAGAAAAACCGAGACCACUUAAAACUCUAUCAAGAAGAAAUAUGAUAUAUUUUUUCAAAUAUAGCAUUCAUUUGAUUCCGGGAACCAUCAGAAAUCAGAAUCCCAAUGAUUUCCUUCGAAACAAUCUUUAAAGCUCAUUCCUAAUUUUAGGAGAAGCAACAAAGAAAGAAAAAUAACCGCAAGACAGGACGAUGACAAUCCGCUCAAUAUAUUUAGUGGCAAUUAAUAUGGACGCAAAAUAACAUCAAUUUUCCACACAAUUUUCUUUCCCACCUGUAUUUAAUCACGCAAAUACAGAAUUAUUAAAUUACUGUAAUUGAAACCUGAUGGAAAAAAACACUCCCAUUUCACUGGACGCUGAGUGACAAAAGUGGAUUAUAUUCACAUAUGAAAAGUGCAUGUUGGAUAAUUUGUAUCCAUUAAAGCGCCCAUUUUCCACCCUUAACAAUUGUCAAUCACAUUUGGUUGAAUUACAAAGAGAAAUUAGUGGAAAACUACAAUAUUUUUUCAACAGUUAAAAGGCGAUAAAUUCAUGAAAGAGACAAAUUUCAGCACUUUUUCUCACAGUGUUGAAAAAAAAGCGCCAAAAGUAUUUUUCAUCCCUAACCGAAAAAGAAAAAUAUCAAUUCCACUGAAAAAAAUAUAUCUUCUCAAUGCUUACAAUAUCGCGGAUGAAGAAAGCCACUGAAAUGUGAAUAAAAUUUUGAGUAUCUCCCCUUUUAUGGCGCACUUUUACGCGAAAUCGAUACCGUUCAAGGGAAGAGAGGUGGUUUCGAAUCGACAGCCAUCUCAAUUACUGGGGAUAGGAAAAUCCACACUUUGAACUCGGCGAAUUAAUCCUUGGGACGCGAUGGCGAAAAGUGGAUUAUACUUUUACACACCCAGAGAUAAACUCGAUUAUGAACGCGAUGAAGGCUUCAUUGAUAUGGGAUUACGCAUGGUUUAUGUGACAAAAAGGAUCGUUUUUUUGUUCAUUCAUUUGGUGCCCAAUUCUUGGGCUGCGCGUAUCGAAAAAAAAACUCAUGCACACAGAGUUUGGAUGCAGAGAUGAUAUUAAAUUAAAUGGAAAAGAAUCUAAAAAGACUGUUUUCUCGUGAGAAAAGUGAAAAAAAAAGAUCUAUAAAAAUAUAUAUAUUUUAAUAGGAAAUGAGACCUAUUUAGUGGAUAAGACGUAGAAGAAGAGAGAAAUUGUGUGAAUGAAAAAUUGUGCGUAUUACUUAAUAGCUGGAUAACGUUACAUGAUGAAUAGAAAACCCUCAUUAUAUAUAGAGAAGUAGUUUAGCAAAAUAUUAAAUGUUCUUUUGUCCGUUGUACGUUAAAUGGAAUCCAAUU